AUGAAGCCUUCCACUACUCAAUUGCUGCUCGCCGGCGCGGGCCUUACUCUUGCCCUUCCUCACAUGGACAGUCCUCGCCAGCGUCUCCUCAAUGGCCUUUCGCUGCCCUCCAAAUUCUCGAACCAGAACACCAAACCCUACACCCCAGAGCAUAAAGACCCAAAUGACAACUUCGUCGACCCCAUUGGCGAAGACCUAGAUCCUCUCCCAUGGAGGAAUGGGCUGGGCGCCUCCGUUCUUGGCCCAUGGAACAAGGAGCGCUCAAAACAGAAUCCAGACCUCAUACGGCCACCCUCCACCGACCAUGGCAACCUGGCCAAUAUGCGCUGGAGUUUCGCCGAUUCGCACAUUCGAAUUGAGGAGGGCGGCUGGACUCGCCAGACCACCAUUCGCGAGCUUCCGACCAGUGUCGAAUUGGCCGGUGUGAAUAUGAGACUCGAUCCUGGCACCAUUCGCGAACUUCACUGGCACAAGGAAGCUGAGUGGGCCUACGUUCUCGAUGGCGAGGUCCGCAUCACUGGAAUCGAUUAUGAGGGCGGUAAUUUCAUCGAUGACCUCAAGAAGGGUGAUCUCUGGUACUUCCCCAGUGGUGUGCCUCACUCUCUCCAGGGUCUUGGUGAGAAUGGUACAGAAUUCCUUCUCAUCUUUGAUGACGGUCACUUCUCUGAGGAGUCUACCUUCGUCCUAACUGACUGGCUUGCACACACGCCCAAGUCAGUUAUUGCCAAGAACUUCCACCUGGCCCCCGAGGUCUUCGCCCACCUCCCCAAGGGCGAGAAGUACAUCUUCAGGGGCAGCCAGCCCGGAUCCAUUGAUGAGGAGCGUCCCACGGGCAGCGAGGUCAAGAAAUCCAAGUACAAGUUCACUCACAAGUUCCUCGACCAGGAGCCACACAAGACCUCUGGCGGCCAAGUCCGCAUUGCCGACUCGACCAACUUCGAAAUUUCCAAGACCAUCGCUGCAGCACACGCUAUUAUCGAGCCCGGCGCCGUCCGGGAGAUGCACUGGCACCCGACUGCAGAUGAGUGGUCUUUCUUCAUCAAGGGACAGGCCCGUGUUACCAUUUUUGCCUCCGAGGGUAACGCCAGAACAUUCAACUACGGCCCUGGUGACGUUGGUAUUGUACCUAAGAACAUGGGUCACUUUGUUGAGAACAUUGGCGACGAGCCCCUGGAGAUGCUCGAGAUUUUCCGUGCCGACAAGUUCCGAGACUUCUCCCUCUUCCAGUGGAUGGGUGAGACGCCCCAGAGGAUGGUCAUCGACACCAUGUUUGCAGAUGAUAAGGAGAACGGCGAGAAGUUCUGGCAAAAGGUCAAGGACGCCCACAAGGAUGAGAUCACCAAG